UCAAGUAGACUCCAAUCACUCUUCGGAGAGGAGGAAGACGAAUCACAGCCUCGACCUGCUCAGUUGGAAACAAUCAUCAUGAAGGGACUCCAGCUUUUCUUCGUCUGCUGUCUGGCAGCUACUGCAUUUGCACAGGAGAAAAAGAAUGAGGGAAACACUCGUUUCUUUGGAGGAUUAAACCAAGGUUUUGGAGGAGGACUAAACCCAGGAUUUGGUGGUGUUAAUCCAGGACUUGGUGGUGGCUUUGGAGGUGGAGUCAAUCCAGGCUUUGGAGGAGGAUUCGGAGGAGUUUCCAACACCUGCAGACGUUGGUGCCGAAAUCCCGAGGGACAGGCUUACUGCUGCGAGAGCAACAAUGAGCCUGACACCCUUCCCUUCGUGAAGCCAGGUGUAUGCCCUCCCGUGCGCCCUCAGUGCCCACCCGUCAGGAACUUCGCUCCUCCACAGACAUGCUCCAACGACAGCAAGUGCGGAGGCGUCGACAAGUGCUGCUACGACAGGUGUCUUGAGGAGCACGUGUGCAAACCCCCUGUUGGUUCUUCCGGCUUCGGUGGAUUCGGUUUUGGAAGAUAAAUUUUAAUUUAUAGCAUCAUCAUUGAAUGAACAAAACAGCAUACAUUUCCUUUAUUACGAAUAUCUAACACACAUCAAUAAAUAUUUAUUUUCAUUAUAAAA